UUUGAUCACGUGUAUAUCUAUAUAGCUUGUUUUCAAACAAAGAGAGGUCGUCAAACGAUAUCUUCUCAGAGUAAGCAAAUUUGAUGGAACCCAAAUUACUUGAUAUAUCGAGAUUCCUUGAGUCACGUAAUGAUUUUUUGACUUUUGAAAGAUAGCUCGUCGAAGAAUGAUUUAACAGAUAUGAAAUGUAUUUUGCACCGAGAAUCAGAGAUUAGCAUAGUGAUCAAGUUGAAAGAUCUAUAACAGUUUUAUUCCAACAUGAUGGAUAAAGUACAACUUUUUAGUUUCUCAGUGAAUAUUAUAAUACUGAUUGCAGGACAUGCACAAGGUCAAGGGCCACAGAUUACCCUUCCUGGACCAUCAAAUACUGACCUUCGAGGAACUUACAUUACCUUUAAUGAAUCGGAGUAUCUAAAUGUGGAUAUUACCAUCGAGGCUUUCCUGGGUAUACCGUAUGCUGAACCACCUGUAGGAGACCUACGGUUCAGAAACCCAGUCAAGAAAGGAGAUCUUGGAAUGCUUUACCUGGCAGACAGGGAUAGAUCGACUUGUGCUCAAGUAAAUGGAGGUGAAAAUGAAGAUUGUCUCUAUCUUGGAGUACAUACAUCGUCACCUCGGCCUAGAAAUGCAUCUGUCAUGGUGUGGUUACAUGGAGGUGCGUUCACACUUGGAGGAGGUUCGUGGACAGGUUACGACCCUUAUCCUCUUAUUGCUAUCUCACCUGACCUCAUUGUCGUCAAUAUCAAUUACCGCCUUGGUGUGCUUGGCUUUCUUACAACAGGCGACGACGCAUCAUUCGGUAACUUUGGAAUGCAUGAUCAAGUGAUGGCUCUCCAGUGGGUGCAAGAAAACAUUGCAGCGUUUGGUGGUGAUCCUAGGAGGGUGACGAUCAUGGGAGAGAGCGCCGGCGCCGCGAGCGUAGGUCUUCAUCUUUUAUCCCCUCUUUCUCAGGGACUCUUCCGCCACGCCAUAAUGGAGAGUGGAAACGCCCUAUGUCCAUGGGCAGUUGAUACCAACAUCACAAGGCAGGUCGGUUUCACAAAAGAUAUUGCAGACAGGGUCAAUUGUUCUACUACCGACAACGAAGACCUGGUUGAAUGCUUGAGAAAUACUGAUGUUAUUGUCCUGUUGAGGGCACAGGCCCUUUUGGUUGGACAAAAUCUAUUCAAUGAACUCCUCUUCGUUCCGGUGGUUGACGGAUCAUUCCUUCCUGAUAUUCCUAUUGACAUGAUCAAACGAGAGGAAUUCCACAAAGUACCAACCCUACUAGGUACGAAUGAAGACGAAGGGACUCUUAUAGCACUCCGAGCUUAUCCCAUAUACUUGAGAAGGACGGAUCCACCUACUAUGAACAUCCAGGAAUUCAGAGAAUCUUUACCAAAUUACCUUUAUUAUUACACACCCAUGCUUGCGUCUGCUGUGGAGCAAUGGUACAUCGACUGGAGUUUGGCGGAUAACUCGUCAGCGGAUCAGCUUGAAGCUUUUGUUCGUUUGAACACCGAUCAGGUAUUUUCGUGUUCGACUGAAAUAAUGGCACGUGCUUUAGAAGGAUGUCAAGCUAUUAUAUACCGGUAUGAGAUGACCCAUGAUCCAUCUCGUUCAAUCUGGGGUGACAAACCCGGUUGGAUGAGGGCAGGACAUGGUGAAGAAAUUCAGUAUGUCUUCGGUUGGGGUAUCAAAAGCAGACUUAACCAGCCUCAGACACACGAAGAGAAACUUAUGUCAAUACAGGUUAUGCGAUAUUGGACGAAUUUUAUCCAGAAUGGUGACCCAAACGACCCCGCCCCAACCAACGAUCUUCCAUUCUGGCCAAGAUACACAAUCCCUGAUCAAGAAUAUAAGAAAUUAUCACUGAGCAUGGAUAAUGGCCGAGCUAUGAGAAUGGACUCUUGUUCAUUCUGGAUGAACUACGCUCCUACAUUGUACAAUCAAGACAACAACCCCGAAGAUUUGUAUCAAGAGUGGAAAGAAGAUUAUGAACAUUGGAGAGACGUUGAUAUGGUCGAAUGGAAUGAAGUAUUUAAUGAUUACGUCAAUGACUGCAAUGCUCCGUGAAUUCAAAUAGUAGAUAUGUAAUAUCUCAUGACGGGUUCGCUGUGGUUGUCUCAUCAUGUCAUCAAAGUAGUUAUAAUACUAUCAUUUUAUCUUAUACUUAUAUGUUUAUGAGCUCCUUGUUUUACCUUAGAUAGCACAGUUAUAUGUUAAAGACGUGCCACAGAGUCUAGUUUAGCCUUGGUCAUGGAAUAUGAUGUCCAGGGGCGGAUCCAGGAUUUUCAUAGGGGGUGGGGGGUAUUUUUCUUCAAAAAAGCCCCCCCCCCCCAAAAAAAAAAAAGGGGGUCUUCAUUUGAGUAUGUCCGACAUUUUUCACUCAAAUGGGGGAAGGGUCAAAAUGUACCCUUCCUGGGGCCCGUUGCAUAAAACUUUUUACCAGAAAAAAAUCAAGUUGUUUUUACCGGAGUUUUUGCCCUGUGUUAAAGUCAAUGGCAGAAAUUAGACUAACCUUAGUUUUCAGUUUUUACCAGAGUUUUCUCAGGUAAAAAGUUUUAUGCAACAGGCCCCAGGAUCCACCACUGGCGCCAGUUGUCUGAAGUCUCUUUCAUUGCAUUGCAUUCUCUUUACUAUUUCUUUUGUUUUAAUAGGACGCCAUCUUCUUCAAGCUAUUAGCUUGUACAGCGGUCCUUGUACAUUUCCAUCAUGCUUUAUUCUGAAGUAGAAAAAUCAAAACGUAUAAUAUAAGCGUGGUAAAUAAGUCAUAUUCGUUCCUGAAUUAUUUUGCUAUUUGUUCAUUAGAAUUUUUUUCUUCAGUUUAAUGCUGACGUGAAAAUAAACACAAAGUAUCAACCAACAACAAAAAAGAAGGCAGUUUCUUACAAUCGCGGUACUUUAAAAUAUAUGUAUAUCUAUUUCAUUUACCUGCAGGUCACAGUGUCGAUUAUCUUUCUUUAUCUUCCUUCUUAUUUAGUAUUCCUCUACAUCAGGGGCGUCGAUCCAUGUUUCGGAUGGGGGGGGGGACAAGAGUAACACAUACAUACUUGUAUUGCAUAUUAUGAAUGUUGUAAGUUGUCAUGGGGGGGGGGAGAAUCUAGAUACUUUUCCUCCCAAAAUGUACAUUGGUGGCGAUCCCACCCCCCCCCCCCCGGAUCGACGCCUCUCACUCACCUUGACCUUUAAACCUUUUAAUGAAAAUAGAAACUUUGUUUUGUUGUACUUCUAUUUUUGACACUGAUUUAUUUACCGAAGGAGAUAUAGCUGGAAGAUUUUCACGGCGACACAAUACGUGUUCUUUAGUUUAAUUGUAUACCUUGCCUCAGAUGUUUGUUAUCAAGAUAACGACAUUACUUAAUAAUCUAUCUGUUUAGAGCAAGGAAAACAUUUUUUCUUCUAAUGAAAUCCAUUCAAUUAUUAAAACCAAAACCCCCAAA